UACGUUUCUACUGCCGUUUCUCGACCAUACGUAAUUGCUCAAGAUGAUAGACUUACAUGUGUCCAAUUUGCCUAAGGAGCCCUGCUCAAUAUUCAGCAAUGUGCCACUCAAGUUGUGUUUACAGUGUAUUCACUCAAGCCCUGACAAUGACUGAAAGGCACCAAAGCAGCUGUAUUCACUGUGUGAACAGCAAGAUGGCUUUACUCACUCCCUUCCACCUCUUUUCUUUCUCCUUUCAUUCAUCAACUGGAUCGCACAAGCACAAUGACAGAAACCCAUAAUCUGGAGACUCCCAUGGAGCUUGUGCAGUAUCUCUACGCCAGACUCGCCCAGCUGGGAAUCGGCACCGUCUAUGGCAGUCUCUUCGAAUAUAAUAACUCAAUCGUGGCAGCUGCUAGCAAGGCAGGUCUCAAGUACGCCAGAAGCUUCAACGAAGUGCAAGCUGUGUUCGCAGCAGACGCCUAUGCUCGCGUCAAAGGCAUCUCAGCGCUCGUAACCACGCAUGGCUCCCUUGAAACUAUAACCAACGAUAUCCUCUUCGAAGCACACGCAGACAACAUCCCCGUCGUGCACAUAGUUGGUUAUCCAUCAGCGAAGCAGGACGAGAAUCGAGAGAUUAUUCGACGGUUGCUGCGACAGGGGCAGAUUGGCUCGAUUGAUCAGGCUCUCGCUUACAGCAGUGUGGUGGUGCUGGGAAUCUUCGAUCACAUUGCUUACGCUCCCAGACGAAUUGACGAUGCGCUGAGUGAUUGUUUGAUCAGCUCUCGCCCUGUUUAUAUUGGGCUUCCAAUGGCGUACGCGAAAUGCUUGGUCGAGGGAAAGUUGCUUCAGAGACCUGUGCUUAGGGCCGCGCCGCGAAAUGAUCCGAAAAAGGAGGAACAUGUCGCAGAGGUUAUAUUGCGCUAUCUGGUCUCUGCAAAAGAUCCGGUGAUUAUUGUUGAUGGUGGUGUUAUCAGACAGGCUAUCCAGUCGCAGGUGCAGGAGUUUGUCAAGAGAACCAAAUUGCCCACCUUCGUCACGAUUGAGGGCAGAAAUGCCAUUGACCCCUCAUUGCCAAAUCACGGUGGUUUGUAUGCUGGAUUACAGUCCGCUCCAGGCAUUAAAGAGCGAGUUGAUGCUUCCGACCUAGUUAUUCAAUUUGGAGCCCUCAGGUCCCACGUCAACACCACCCGUCAUCUUCACUUCCUCAACUUCCAUAACAAGAUCGAGAUUUACAUGGACGAACACCUCGUUGGUCGUACGAUAAGCUAUGGCCUACGCGCACGGGGUCUGCUCAAAUCCAUACUUAGCCGUCUGGACGAGGUCGAUCUUAAUCCCGGCCCGGUCCCACAAAGCAGAAGCAUCGGCGAUCCGCUACACCGUCUCGAGUUCAAUGACACCGACGACGACGAGCCUAUUACCAAAGAAGUUCUAUGUCUCCGCAUGAUGAAAUGGAUGCGCGACGGUGAUCUCCUAAUCAACCAAUUCCCCAUCGAAGACGCCCAGAACUAUGUCCAUCACCCAAUCUGGGAACGCAAGGACGUAUCCUUCGGGGCGUGCUUGGGAGCCUGCUGUUCUGCGAGCGAACUGGGUUCAACAGGUCGUGUCAUAGUAUUCAUCGACACGGCAGGUUUCCAACAUGCCUCACGGGAGCUAGCUACCAUUCUGAGCCUGGGAUUGUGCCCUGUUGUGUUUGUCUGCCGUGAAGAACCGCUGACGGAGGAGUCCGACGAAGACAGUGUCGAAGAACGAUUUGCUAGCCUUGCGGAUCCGGAUUUCUUCGCUCCGGAUCUGAGGGCACAUGGACCGUAUAAAGGGCACUCGAUCAGUACUAUGCGUCAGUUGGGGGAUUUGCUUGCAAACGAGAGCUUUGCGUCUCCGAUUUGCAUUCAGAUUCGACGAUUGUGGAGUGUGAUACCAGAAGCCAUACGGACGAAAACAAGAGAAAAAAAGACGACUUUAGCGAAUGCGACAAUGUACAAUAGGCGAUGCGAUCGGAUAGAUGUCUGUGUGAUACCCAACAUUUAAGUAAUACUAAUCUGUAC